UUUUUUUAUGGUUGUCUUUACACUGGAUAUAGAUCAGGCCAACACCUUGUUUGGGGCUAAGUCCCUGUUUCUGCAUCAGGGCAUUGCCAUUACAAGAUGUGUCACAUUCUGAAGCUAGCGGCCUACUUCUCUAUACCCAGUGUUAACAUCUAGAAUUCUGUUCAAUGUAAGCUCAUGAGCCAUAUUUUCCUCACCGAAGCUCAUUGGUGCCCAAACCACAAAGCAGGGUGGUAUCCCGACUCCAACACUAAGCACUUAGCACGUGCCCUUGGGCCAGGACCGGCUGGGGGCCUGGCCUGGACCUUGGGAACGUCCCGCGCCCGGCGGGCGGUGCCGCGGCCCUGCGCUUGACGACCCCCUUUGCGGCAGUUGCGGUGAGUGCCGUAAAGCAGAGUGGCCGCCACUGCGGUGUGAGAAGUAUCUGUGUUCAUAGAAAAUGAUUUUUUUUAAUCCAAAAAGAUGAAAACAACCAGAUUAUUUUCAGAAGACAACCAAGCCAACACCCCAUGAGUAGAAUCAACAAAAACGUGAUUUUGGCCCUGUUAACUCUGACAAGUUCUGCAUUUCUCUUGUUUCAGUUGUACUACUACAAGCAUUAUUUGUCAGCAAAGAAUGGAGCUAAUUUAUCAAAAUCUAAAGGAAGCAGAAUUGGAUUUGAUAGUAUACAGUGGCGUGCGGUUAAGAAGUUUAUUAUGCUAACGUCCAGCCAAAGUGUACCAGUGUUCCUUAUUGAUCCUUUGAUUCUGGAACUGAUUAAUAAAAACUAUAAACAAGUGAAUAAUACUUUUCGUGGCUCUGCUUCGGAAUGCAAGUUUUUCUGUGUUGCAAGAGACUUCACUGCAUUUGCCCUGCAAUAUCAUCUGUGGAAGAAUGAGGAAGGCUGGUUUCGGAUAGCUGAGAACAUAGGAUUUCAGUGCAUAAAGAUUGAGAGCAAGGAUCCCCGGCUAGAUGGGAUCGACUCACUUUCUGGAACUGAAGUCCCCCUGCACUAUGUCUGCAGGUUGUCCACUCAUGCCAUCCACUUGGUGGUCUUCCAUGAGAGGAGUGGCAACUACCUCUGGCAUGGCCAUCUACGACUCAAAGGGCACAUUGACAGGAAGUUUGUUCCUUUUCGAAAGCUACAGUUUGGCCGUUAUCCUGGAGCUUUUGACAGGCCAGAGUUACAGCAAGUUACUGUUGAUGGACUGGAAGUUCUCAUUCCAAAAGACAUAGGACACUUUCUAGAAGAAAUACCACACUCGAGAUUUAUUGAGUGUAGGUAUAAAGAAGCUCGAGCAUUCUUUCAGCAGUAUCUUGAUGAUAACACUGUGGAGGCCAUGUCCUUUCGGAAGAGUGCAAAGGAGUUGCUUCAGCUAGCAGCCAAAACGUUAAAGAAAUUGAGAGUGCCAUUUUGGCUUAGCAGUGGAACUUGUCUAGGAUGGUAUCGACAGUGCAAUAUUAUUCCUUAUAGCAAAGAUGUCGACAUAGGUGUUUUUAUACGAGAUUACAAAUCUGACAUUGUUUUAGCAUUUCAGGAAGCAGGACUUGCACUCAAACACAAGUUUGGGAAGGUGGGAGACAGCUUGGAGCUAUCUUUCCUGGGAAAAGAUGAUGUAAAACUUGACAUUUUUUUCUUCUAUGAAGAGAUUGACCAUAUGUGGAAUGGAGGCACUCAGGCUAAAACAGGAAAAAAGUUUAAAUAUCUGUUUCCCAAGUUUACACUUUGUUGGACUGAGUUUGCAGACAUGAAGGUCCAUGUGCCCUGUGAAACCAUUGAAUAUAUUGAAGCCAACUAUGGGCCUUUUGUGUCUCUCAGCAGCUUGGACAUGACCAGGAAGAUCUUCACGAAUACCAGGGAGCGGUGGAGACAGCAGAAUGUCAACAGCGCCUUUGCCAAGCUGAGGAAGCUCAUCCCCACUCACCCUCCAGACAAAAAACUGAGCAAAAAUGAAACACUUCGCCUAGCAAUGAGGUAUAUCAACUUCCUGGUCAAGAUUUUAGGGGAGCAAAACCUCCAGCAAACAACAGUGGCUGCUCAGGAGGACAUCCUGGGGAUCUUUCCCCAGGGCCCCCACCUGCCAGGCCUGGAGGACAGGACUCUACUCAGUGGCUACCGUGUUUCUUCGCCUGGCCCAAGUCACCGUGUUCCAUAGCAUGGCUUUGGCUGUCCUCCUCCAGGGCAGCAUUGGUUUAGAAGUCACCUGCUGUAGACAGACUGUUCACAUGCCAGCAUCAGCUUGAGCACUAUCUUGGGAGACAGGAUGGGAGGACACUUUAGGGAGCUGCAAAGAGGCCAUGAGAGUUACUGCCCUGGAGUCCAUUGUCCCCAAGAUUUCAGGCAGAACUCCCUGCUUCUUAUGGUUUUAUAAAUCCAAGUUCUGCAUACAGAGUUUGAAUAAAAACCUGCAAGUUUGAAAACCAUCAUUUUACUCAAAAAUUUCAGUCAUAGCAGAGGGGGUUUUCAUAUACUGAAGCACAGAUGAAUAUGCAGAAUGUUUUUCUCAGAAGAAAUUUCAAAAUUUGUUUAGAAUAAUGAGGCAUAUUUGAUCAAAAGCAAAUAACAUAGAUAUUACUGAUGAUGAAUAAAAAGGAGGAAUGAAAAGUGAUUGAUGAGUGAAAAGAUAAUGCCUGCAGAAACCAACCCAGGAGGCCUGUGGGAAAAUCUGAGGACUAAAGUCCCUCUAAAAGAGAUUACAUAUGUGAGGAAGAGCUCUGUAUCCUUGAAACUCUACAGCAGUGUGAGGCGUUACUGUUGAACCAUUUACAGCUAAAGCCAAAUGGAUUACACCUGUGAAAGGAAGCGACUUGAUCAUUUGUGGACUAGAGUUCAUGGAUUUCUUAGGAAAAGAAAGUCAACUAAACUAAGUUAGCAGAACUUUUAGUUUCAUGCAUGUCAGGAAUUAAAGCAUUUAGCUCUGCCUGAGUACCUACCUGCCCACUUAAGACCUGUGAAACUCAAUUACAAUUAUGAAAACCCAAACAUUAGCAUGUAACAACUCAUUUAGCAAAGAGCUUAAACAAAACACUUCGAGUAAACAAUAGGAAUGUAAUUCCAGACACUAAUGUGAUAAUAAAUUUGUUCCUUCCCUUUCCUGACAUAGAGCAUUAAGUCAGUCUUACUCUCGGGGCAAAAGAGUACCCAACAAGUCGAUGCAAUGACAUUUACAUAGCACACCAACACAUUCCAUCAUGAUGAUACUUGGACUCAGAUAUAAAUCAUCCAGAAUACAAUAAGAUCAUUUUAUGUCUCUGGGGACAUUUUAUUUCUCCAAAGUUCUGGACAAUUACAUUGGUUUUUAAAUCUUUGAUACUCUAUGGUUAGGGAUUGCUAGUGCAUACACGAAGGAAUUUAAAUCUCCUGCCACUCUAGAUGAAAGGUUGAAGUGAGGCCCCUUGCUGAUGUGAUGAGAAGAA